AGGAGGAAAAGGAGGAGGAGGAGAAGGAAAAGGAGGAGGAAAAGGAGGAGGAGGAGGAAGCGGAGGCGCUGCCGGCCCCGCGCUCCCGGCGCGCUGCGAGCGGGACGGGCCCGAGCGGCACUGCCCCGGGAGGUGCCAGCAGCGGUGCCAGCGCGGUGACAGCAGCGGUGCCAGCGCUGUGACAGCGGCAGCGCGGCGAUGGCGGCGGGGCUGUGGCGGCGCGGGGCGCUCUGGGCCGCGCUGCUGCUGCUGGCGGCCGCGCAGGAGCCCUGGCGGCAGCUGAUCCAGUGGGAGAACAACGGGCGCCUCUACAGCCUGCUCAACAGCGGCGCCGAGUUCGUGCCCGCCGGGCAGGAGCGGCCCGCGGGGAACCGCCUGUGGCUGGCGGGGACCGCGGGGACCGCGGGGACAGCGGGGACAGCCGGGACGGGCGGCAGCGUCCGCCGCCAGGCCCCCGCCUCGGGGACGGUGCGGGGACAAGCGCGACAUCCCUUCGGCUUCGGGCAGGUGCCGCCCAACUGGCGGGACGGCCCGCGCGGCGACAGCGCGGGGGGACAGCGGCGACAGGCGGCGCGCGGCCGGCAGGCGACAGCCACCGGCUCCGGGGUGGCCGUGUCCUCGUUCGCCUUCGCCUCGGCGGGACAGCCGCCCUUUGUCGCCGCCGGGGUGGCGGCGCACGGGGAGCGCCACGAGGGUGUGGGGACAGCGGUGGGGACAGCGGUGGGGACAGGGAUGGGGACUGGGUUAAGGACAGGGAUGGGGACAGGGUUGGGGAAAGGGAUGGAAGCAGGGAUGGGGACAGGCAUGGAGACAAGGGUAAGGACAGGGAUGGAGACGGGGAUAAGGACAGGGAUGGGGACAGGGAUGGGGACAGGGAUGGGGACAGGGAUGGGGACAGGGACGGGGGUGGCGUUCCCGCUCCAGCCCCGCGCGCAUCCCGAGGAUUUCGGGGAGGAGCCGAACCCCUACGGAGCGGCGGGAUUCCCGCUGGAUCGCCGCUAUUCCCACAGCCUGUACCACGACGCCGACGCCGAGCCGCACACCGGGACGGGCUCCACGGAAAAUUUGGGAUUUGGGGCGCAGUUCCCGCCGUUCCGGGCGUCCGAAUCCUUUGGGAUGGCCCAUCCCGAGCCCUUCAUUCCCGAAAUUCCUCAGGCCGUGCCCGACAGCCAAGCGCGGCUCAGCGUGGGCAGCGUCUACAGGCCCAGCCUUGGGGCGCGGGGUCUCCCGGAUCUGGUCCCGGAUCCCAACUACGUCCAGGCCUCCACGUACGUGCAGAGAGCUCACCUGUACUCGCUGCGCUGCGCCGCCGAGGAAAAGUGCCUGGCCAGCACCGCCUACUCCGCCGACACCACCGACUACGACGUGCGGGUCCUGCUGCGCUUCCCGCAGCGCGUCAAGAACCAGGGCACGGCCGAUUUCCUGCCGAGCCAGCCCCGCCACAGCUGGCAGUGGCACAGCUGCCACCAGCACUACCACAGCAUGGCCGAGUUCAGCCACUACGACCUGCUGGAUGUCACCUCGGGCCGGCGGGUGGCGGAGGGACACAAGGCGAGUUUCUGCCUGGAGGACACCACGUGCGACUUCGGCCACCUCAAGCGCUACGCGUGCACCGCGCACACGCAGGGUCUCAGCCCGGGCUGUUACGACACCUACAACGCCGACAUCGACUGCCAGUGGAUCGACAUCACCGACGUUCCCCCCGGCAAUUACAUCCUCAAGGUCCAGGUCAAUCCCAAAUAUUUGGUGCUGGAAUCAGAUUUCACCAACAACGUCGUUCGCUGCCACAUCCACUACACGGGGCGCUUCGUCUCCGCCUCCAACUGCCGCAUUGCCCAAUCCUGAUGGCAGCAGAAUCCCAAGAAUUUCACCCUCCCCCUUUCCCAGGAAAUUCCCACACAUUCCCAAAAUUCCCCCUUUUCCCAAUAAAAAGCGGGAAAACCA